AUGUGGAACUCCAGCUUUGAUCAGAGCUUGGCUCUUAUGAUAGACGACGAGAGAGAAAUCAUCGACAUCCUUUUCUUCGCUGUCAUCAUUUUCGUCAUCAGCAUCAUGGGGUCCGUGGCUAACAUCAUUAACAUCAUUGUGUUCAUCAAACAGGGAUUCCAGGAAACAGUGAACAUCAGCCUAAUGGCCUUAACUUUAUCUGACCUGGGCAGUCUGCUGACGUUGGUGGCUGAUGGGAUAAUUUUGAUCAUAUCCAAGAACUGGCCGGACGCCCCAUUCAACAUGAACGAUGUGUGUUACAUGCUAGGAGUGUUGCCGCACGCCAUGUUUGUCCGAGUCAGCUGGUUGAUCACCAGUUUCAUCACCAUAGAGAGAUGUCUGUGUGUCACCAUGCCCCUCAAGAUCAAACGCUACGUCACAGCAUCCAAAACAGUCGCUGUGAUAGUGUGUAUUUACGUCUGUGUUUUUGUGGGCUUGUCUCCGUAUCAACUUGAAAUUCACCUUGUCGCCACGUUCAACGUUCAGCUGAAUAUCACUCGACUAGAAAGCCACCACGACCAGUCCGCGCAAACAGAUGCAGAAAAAAUCAAAAUGGCGAAUGGAAUCUACACUGAAGUCCACGGUCGAGCAUCUAUCUGCGAGGGACAAGAAGCUGGUCAAGAUGGUUUUGACCAUCGCAUGUACUUUCUUCAUUUGCUUGAUCCCAAGCUGUUGUAG